AUGGGACUUGAUGCGAGCGGAAAAUGUUGUGAUAGUUUUUUCAAAACUUCAAAUUGCUUCGAUUCGUGCGACCAUCAGUUUCACUUGUGCUUUAAAAAGAAACCAAGUGAUAAGGACUGUACCCUCCGUGAAGUCAUGACAGAUUCCAUUUCAUCGAAUAGCAUCGAAUUUGGAGACAGAAUUACGAAUGUGACGAAUCCAGUUCGAAUCAAAUUUGACAAGUGGAAGGGGACCUUUGGUUUGAAGAUUACAGUAUCGGAUCACGAUGACAACGACAACGACCCUGUUGGUUCUAUUGAUUACGAAUUUAAAUCGAGCCAUCGGAUAAAAGAAGAGAAUCUCACUAAAGAACUAUUCAGCAUUACUUUUCGCAUCGAGAUAUCCUGUGAUAUUAAUUAUUAUGGAGCAGACUGUUCGACAUUUUGCCUGCCUAACGCUAUGUGCCAUUGCAUGGAAUCAGGCGAACUUACUUGCCGAACACCGCUUACAACAGAUAUUCCAACGACAACAGAAGUUACUGAGCCGCGUACCGCUAACCUAUUACAGUCAACAAAUCCCGAUUCAAGCACCCGGUCAACACCGGAAUCGUUAACAGAGUUUUUUGUUACUUCCGAACGGCUCCCCAAAACCAGAAAUUUGGGCAUGGAGACAUCGUUAGCGUUUGAAGACAUCACAACGAAAGCUCGUGUCCAUUCCACCUUACAAAGGAAUGCAGGUGGAGAACAAGGGAGAACGGUACAAGCACGCCAGACAAGAAUUCCUCCUGCGACGAAGGAUGGCUCGACUGUCAUUUUAAAUUGUACUCAUCUCACUCAGUUCAGCUAUAAAGAUUAUCAACAUAAAAUCAAAGAUCAUGAAGAUAUAAAUAUGUUUACCAUUGAACUCAGCAUCAAAGACGAAAAUGUACAUAUUGCUUAUUUACUCUUCAACACAAUUGGCAGUGUUUUUCCAUCGAAUAAAUGUUUACUGGAAAUAGUGAUGCUCACACAGGAUCUGGAUGUAAGAAAUGAAUCGAGAGAAAUUCUUGUAAAAUAUGUCGCUCGCUUUAAUGGUACUGGAUUCUACUUGCCGCUUUCAACUGAAGAAACGAUGCUCAAGCCUCUGUCUAAUUAUUCUGCUGAACUUUUUUACGCCCCGAGCACACCUAUUGAACAAAAGCUACCCAUUGUAUCCAAGAGUAUUUCUCGUUUGGUGGUCAUCAUCAUUGGUUCCUGUGCCCUGUUCGUCAUUUUCACGCUACUUAUGCUGGGAAUGUACUUCCUGUGUCAAAUUAAGUGA